AUGCCAACACAGCAUUUGAUUGAGGAUGGUAGUUUGCCAAUCUUUUAUGCCAACAAACUUCAGUAUCUGAAUUUUGGCCGACCAGUCAUUGUACUUAAUGCCUAUGAGCUGUAUAUGUUUCACCUUGCCUACCAUCUCGUCAAUCCGAGUGUUCAGCGACACAACUGUAACUGGAGUAACAUAACUGACUCUCUGUACCCUGUACUGAUUGAUGAUUACCUGAAUUAUUUCUUGCCAUUGAAUAAAGACAGUCUCCCUAAGAUGCCCACAGUCCAAGCAGUUGUUCGUAGUCCAGUUGUCCACUCUCCAAUGGCAGGGAAGUCCUUUAACAUGCCCUCCUCUCCGCCUUCCCCACAGCGACCCAGUCUACUGAAGUCGAGCUUUGUGUCAGCCCAGAAGCAGCACGCCCAGACAGCAGCAGUGAUAACUCAAGGGGAGACAACUGAGACCUACCGAUCAGACACUCUCAUACAGGUGUUUACUGAGUUUUGGUUAACCAGAAUCCCAUCAGCAUUGACCGACAAUCAUUCUCUCAUACAGCCUCGGUAA